CAGAGCAGAGGGAGCAGCCCAGACAAAGCGGCGAGAAACUUUCACGCUGCUAAUCGCCAGUCCUGUCCCACCAAGCAUGGAUUUACAGAAGACAGCGGCGGUGCAGUAGAUUCAACACCCCUCUGAGGGGAUGAAAGCGAUAUUGGAGUGAAUUUAAAGUCCUGCUGCUGCUGAAUGGACGAGUUUAUUUUGGCUCCGCGGGUCGAUGAUGAAGCUUUACAAUGCAACAGCUGGGAUCUAUGCCCCUGGCAGUGAAAGCAGUGUUCAUUCUCCAAUCAUCAUGCCAGGAGUGCUAUCUGACCGCUGGUGACCCCUCCGCCAGCUGUUAUAGUGUGGAUCUCCACCCAGGGGACACAGAGUAAAAGCAGACAACAUGGUUCCCAACAAGUGGAUUAUGCAUCCAGUUCUUCACAAAUCACCUCCCAGAAGCUGGCUUGGCAUCCGGCUACGUCUCCAUGAGAAGCCCGCUCAGGAUGAGGAGUGUGUGGUUUGCCAGCACCCAGACUGCAGCGAGCGCCGUCACGCCUCAAAGGUGUGUCAUCAUCCCGACUGUCAGGAACUGAACGGUAAAAGCCCCCUGCACCUGUGCGAGUCAUGUGAUUCUAGCUGUCACCUGGAUGAGUCUGAUAGCAUGCACUUUGACAGGCAUCUGCGCUUCGAUGUACAGACACAAGGUUCUAUCCUGGCGCGGAAUGUGUCCACGCGUUCCUGUCCCCCUCGCACAAGUCCCCAUUUAGACCUGGAUGAAAACGAAGAAGGAAGCACUGAACGAGGAGAAAAUAAAACAGGAGGAAUGAAGCUGAAAGCUAGAGAAGGAAUAAAGCGGCGCCACACUGAUGACCCCAGGAAGGAGUGCUUUAGCCUCAAGUUUGACCUCAACAUAGACAUUGACACCGAGAUCGUCCCCGCUGUCAAGAAGAAGACAUUACGAGAGGUGCUCGGACCCAUUUUUGAGCGCAAGGGCAUUGAAUUAUCCCGAGUGGAUCUGUUCCUGGACCAGUCCAACACUCCACUCUCACUCCACUUUGAGGCGUAUUGUUUCGGAGGAAAUCACAUCAAAGUGAAAGCUCGGCCUGGCGAUGAGCUGAAGGUGGAGCAGAGCGUGAAGGAUCUGCGCUCUCUCAGUCUACCCUCCAUGAAUCCGCCAGUAGGGGGCAGCGUCUACAUCCUCACACCGGGCAGUGAGAAGCCAGAGCACGCGUCUUUACCGCGGCGGGAGAAUGUUGACGUACUGGGGUCAGCCCCUCGGCGGAAGGACAUAACCAAGUUUCUGGGUGAUGCCAACAUCCCAUCACCAGACACUAUGGCCAUGCUUGGUGGGCCUUUACCAGGUGGGGUUCCAGGAGGUUCAAUGCCCGGUGUGGCCCCCGGAACCGAUAACUGGAAGAUCCGCGCCACCAGUCGGAUCAGCGUGUUCUUCGGCGCCGGAUCUGGAAAGGAGGUGGACCGCGUGGAGCUCCUUCAGACUAAGUUGCAGGCGUACACACAGUUCGGUCUGCCCAAGGUUCCUUUUCAGCUCGCCUUCCACCAGGAUUCCUGGGAAGAGGAAGAGGAGGAGCCAAACCUGACACUCGAGGAGAGCUGGAGGGAACUGCUGGAAGACCCCAAGAGUCUAAGUAAACGUCAGUUUCAACAACAAGAAGCAAUAUGGGAACUGAUCCAAACCGAGGCUUCGUACAUCAAGAGACUCAGGGUCAUCACUGAUCUGUUCCAGUGCGGCCUGCUGAAUCUACAGGACAACGGUCUCCUGGUUGAGGUGGAGCCCCAGCGGCUCUUCAGCAACAUCCAUGACAUCGUACGUCUGCACUCAGCACUGUGGGUUCAAGUCAUGCUUCCGGUGCUGGAGAAAGCACGAAGCACAAAGAUCUUGAUCGACCCCGCGGACCUGCAGCAGGGGUUCAGUACGUUUGCAUCCAGGUUCCAGCCGUAUGUCCGCUACUGUAUGGAGGAGGAGAGCUGUAUGGAGUACAUGCGCUCGCUGCUGAGAGACAAUGAAAUCUUCAAGAUCUACGUCACGUGGGCAGAAACAAAUAAACAGUGUAACCGUCUGAGGCUAGCAGACAUGCUAGCCAAACCGCACCAGAGACUCACCAAGUACCCUCUGCUCCUGAAGACCAUCCUGAAGAAAACCGACGAGCAGACCUCCAGAGAGGCUCUCAGUAACAUGGUGGUGUGUGUGGAGAGCUUCAUUUACAGCGUGGACUCUCAGAUGCGCCAGAAACAGGAGAAGGAGAAAAUGGCCACCUUUUCGGCUCGAGUGGAGUCGUACGAGGCCGUGGAGGGAGCCAGCGAGGAGGUGGAGAAGGUCUUAAAGGAGUUCAACCGAAUUGACCUGACCACACCGAUGAUUGACACUUCACCAGAAGCAAUCAGGCAACUGCACCUGGAGGGGGCGCUCCGCAUGAAAGAGGGCAAAGACAACAGGAUGGAUGUUUACUGCUUCCUUUUCACUGAUCUGCUGCUGAUCACUAAACCAGUGAAGCGUUUGGAGAAGGUGAAAGUGAUCCGACAGCCUCUUCUCCUGCAGAAUGUGGUGUGCAGAGAACUCAAAGACACAGGCUCGUUUGUCCUCAUCUACCUCAAUGAGUUCAAGAGCGCGGUGGCUGCUUACUCUUUCCAGGCCAACAGCGCCACCCAGGGGAAAAGUUGGACUGAUGCGAUUUGCAAUGUCCAGAAACAGCUUCAGCGUUUGCGGUCAGAGGAAGCUCGCCGACAGAAGGCUUGUCUGAAGAAAAGACUAUUGGAAAAUCAGGAGGAAGAUGAGGACAGCUGUAACUCCACAGCUAGUUCUCCUCAAUUUAUUCACAAAAAUCAGAGCAACAGCCAAUCAGAUGGCUCCGCAGAAACCCUGUCGGUGAUGGAUAUGGAUGAGUCUGUAUCAUCUUUGGAUCCUUCUACUCUUCAGUCUGACCUAGCUGGCCAUUCAGACCAUGAUGCCCGCGUGUCUCCGCUCUCUGACCCUGGCGUCCCACAGCGGGACUUUGAGCCUCAUCCGGACAGUCAGGAGGGCUCAGACCUGGACCCUCAGUGCUGCUCCAUCUCCAUGGAUAGCGCUUACAGGACCCUUUCGCCAGAGACCAUACUGGAAACCCAGAGUCGAGUGGCCCUGGGAGAGGAAGAUGAUUCCGAGGAUGACAAGGGGACGACGGGUGACGAGGGGGAAGAUGAGGUGGACGAUGAGGAAGAUAAAAGCUCAUUCGGAUCUCAGAACUCAGUGGCGAAAAACGAAAACUCCGUUUCUGUAAAGCACAGGCGUCGAACGCCUAUCCUGUGUCGCCUGCCGUUUUUAGAGAGACUUAUUGUCAAAUCCUGUUCUGAGGACAACCUGCUGUCCACAGUACACCAUUGUAACAGUAACCACAGUGUCACCAGGGCAGCCACAGAGUGCACAGGAAGUCGGCUCAAAUGGGAACAAAGGGUUAAAUACUUAGAAGCACCGCUCAGCAGGAGCCUGACGGAGCUCAACGCUGCUGAAUCAGACGAGAGUCUCCCGACUGAUCCAGAGACGGAUGAAAGCCUCAGUCUCACAUGCAGCUUGCCCUCGAGCAUGCUUAUGGACACAUUGAGACGAGCCAGAACUGCACAUGAGGCUGACAGCAACCAGAUUCCCUGCAGUGCGUCAGACGGGGAGCUCUCGCCACCCUGUCGCCUGGAGCGAAAGGGCCGAUGUAAGAGACCCCAGAAGCACCGAAAACUCACACUGGCCCAACUCCACAGGAUACAGACCACACUGGUGCUCAACUCAACGCUCACAGCCUCGUAA